UGUGGGAUAAACCCCUUCUAGCCGUAAUAUCGAAAUUAGGGUUUCCGGAGAAGACGAAGAAGAAGAAGAGAGUCGCCUCUUGUGAGUGAACAAUUUGUUGCAAUGUAUCUUCAGUUUUAUAUUAAUGACAAUGGUGACAAGGUCUACACCACUAAGAAACAGUCGCCAGUUGGACUAGCCACACAAUCUGCUCAUCCAGCCCGGUUUUCUCCUGAUGACAAGUUUUCAAGGCAAAGGGUUCUAUUGAAGAAGCGUUUUGGAUUGCUCCCAACCCAAAACCCACCUCCUAAAUACUGAAGGGGUGUGUGUUUUCGGGGUGCUCUUGCGGAAGUUGAUGAUUAACAACCCCCAUUAAACAUUAUGCUAAGCGGCUGUUCAUUUUUGGUGUUUUUUAUUAUUAUCUUAGGUUUGAAUCUUUCAAUUUGAAAAUAUGCAACUUGGGUAGUUUGUAAUCUGGUCUAAACCACCCUCUCUGUAAUAUGUUUCACUACACUUUCUAGUGUUCUAAAAUCUUCUACAUUGUGCUUUCAA